AUGUCUAGCCUCACGGCCAUUGAGAAGCGAAUGGUGGAACUAGCGCAAGCGAAGUUAAGCGACUGCAAGUCUCAGAUCGAAACCAUCCACGCCUUGGUUCAUGUCAGCCGGAAAAGCAUCCGAGAAGCAGUAGAGAACUUGGAUGCUGUCUCAGACACUCUCUCCGCGACCGAGCAGGAGGAGCGGAGUAUCGGCGAUGAGAUAAUCUCGCUGUCAAAGGAAUUUGACGAGGCGGACGUCCAGCUCCAACUCGCCGAGUCCAAGCGUGACGAGGCCUUGAGGGACGGCCGCCAAACUCUAGUGAGGAAGACGCUGUCGCAGCGGCACUUCAACGUCGCACAAGAACAUCACAAGAUUGCCAAGCAGGCCCUAUUCCGGAGGCGGGCACGCCUCUCGCACCUGUGCAGGGUCGAGAUGGAGCAGAAGGCUCGCUACGAGGAGAUCGCCAAGUCGCUUGAUAACAUGCUGGACGAAACUCAAGUUGAAUAUGACCUGUAUGAGAGGGAGCUGAGAGGCCUGUGGCGGCGGUUGGAGGCAUGGGAGCGACUCACCACGCCCGAGGAGCUGGGCGGUUACGAGGCCGGCGUGGGCGAGAUUCGCCAGUGCGCGGACGAACUCGUCCGGAGCUCCGCGGAGGAAGUCUUCUCUGAGGCUCAGCGUGAGCUUAAUUAG